CAUAAAUCCGCCGAACGAUGCACAUUGCUAUCGCCCUCUUUGUCAUCCUGGCUCAGUGCAAAUGGGCCGAUAACACCAUCCAUCUGUUGUUGCUCCUUCAUCCAAGGCGACAAAGUGCUAGCAUGAACUGAUGCGAUCUCGACGUCCACCCACACAGAAUGAACAUGUUAGAAUUUGUCUUGAAACCAAGAUCUCCCAUCUAAUGCUGCCUCUGUACAUGAUCGUGAAUUCUAUCACUCGUUUCCUCUUCGUCCUCGCUGCCUUUGUUUCUCACUGUCCUCACAGCUUGACCCCACGCCUUCUCUUUCUUGGCGCGAGAUCUUCAACUUCCCUGUCAGAAAGACAUCUACAUUAGGAUGGGUCUCAAGUAUCCUGGCCUCAAGCAGUUCUAUCUGCUGGGGGAGGAGCAGACCAGUCGGCGUGAGUUGGACAUUGGUGUGCCAAGGGAUAUCGAGGAUUUGCAGUAUGGCAUAGCGACCGAGUACACGAUUGUCAAGCCCGAGGGUGUAGCAUUUCAAAGUCUGAGCGGUCAUCUACACACUAUCGAAGCUGUCCUGGCCUGCGAGACCCCGAUCGCCAUCACGGUUGAUGGCAAUGCCAUCACGGAGCCACGAGGGCCAACAGGCUUACCAGUGAUUGGCAAUUUCUAUCAGAUCUUUCCCGAUCACAUGGGAAACCACCAACGGUUGUUCCAGAAAUAUGGACCGAUCAUCAAGACCAACAACCUGGGCAGAGUCAACUACUUCACCAACGACCCCGAAAUCAGUUACAUUGCCUACCUGGAAAGUCAUGGUCUUUUCACCAAGAAGACGUCCGACAGUGGUGCCCCAUUGUAUGGCAUCCGAGAUAAUUCAGCCCUAUUCACCUGCGAUACCGAGACGCCAUCUUUCGCACUGACACACAAAUUCAUCCCGCCAAGCAUGUCACCGAAAGCGGUACGCCAUUAUGCUCCAUUGAUGCAAGAGGCCGUGCAAUUGUCUUUUCCCGUCUUUGACAAGCUUGACCAAGCGGGACUCGCCAUCAACGUCUAUCAAUUCAUGGUCAAACUCUCCGGCCAGCUCCUGUGUCGUUUCGUACUUGGCCACGACCCCCACCACUUCGACGCCCCGAACUCACCCUUGCACCCUAUUAUGGUUAUUCUGGGUCACCUAUUAGAACUCAAUAAGGAGGUGCAGACGCGUGGUGAUUGGUAUGGGAAGAUGCCCUUUGGAGCUCCAAGAGCACUACAACAUUGCCGUCUCGAGAUCGCCUCGGUCGUCGACGAUCUGAUUGAGGUCUGCCCUCGAAAUGAGACAAAAGACAUGCCUAUGGACGAAGCGGCUCUCAAGGCCACUUGCCUGGUCGAUUAUCUGACUCGCGCGACAGACAGUAAAGGCAACAAACUCCCCUACGAUCUCGUUCUCACAAACACCCUGGCGGUCCUUGGUGCGGGAUUCACCACCAUAUCCGCCCUGCUCUCGUGGCAAAUUUACUGUCUCAUGACGUAUGAGGGCCAGCAAGAUCGGCUUCUACAGGAACUGGUUGACCACGGCGUCACAGCCGAAACCACAUACACUCCUGAACUAGUCGAGGACAUGCCGUUUCUUGACAAAUUCGUCAAGGAGGCCCUACGCAUCCAUAGCCCAGCCUUCCAGGCGGGGCGCAAUGCCAAAAAGGACAUGAUUCUUCCCGGUGGCUAUAGACUGCCCAAAGGCGCCGUCCUGAUUCCCACAUUCCCAGCUAUCCACACCAAUCCCAAGCACUGGCAUGAUCCCCAGCGCUUCGACCCCGAUCGUUGGGACACCGACGACGUCAAGAACAGACACAAAGCGGCUUACAUGCCGUUCGCUAUGGGACCACGGGGCUGUAUUGGAUACAACUACGCCCUUAUGCAGACCAAGUUCGUUCUGUGCAACAUGAUCUACCGGUACCACUGGGAGAACACGAGUCCAGCUGCGGUGGAAUAUGACCCGGAGUUCCAGGUGAUUCGUCCGCUGAACAUCUAUGCAAGAGCGGUGAAAAGAAGCGAAUGGCCUAGCAAAUCUCCUGGCCUGGAGACGACGUCUACGGCGAUGUAGACAACAAUCUCGCGCGAAUUCAUAUAUGUUUGUUAUGGCGUGUGAUAGCUGCAUAGACUGGAGCCAAUAUUCGAUUUUUUCAGAAAGUCACUCAUAAUCAUUGGCUUACUCCGAUUAGCACAUAAACUCUUGCCCUUCUGG